UUAUACUUUGGAAUUGAUUAGCAAGUAGAACCGAAUGUAAUUGUCUUUGUAUUAUUCUCUGAAUUUUUUGGGGGUGGGUGUUCAUUUAACAGGAGCGACUUUGACUUGCAAAGGGGUACCGUUUGGAGGAGGAGGAGGAGGAGGAGAGAGAGAGGCGAGAGAUGGGGCUGCUCAGCAACAAAGUCGAGAGAAGUGAGAUCAAACCAGGAGACCACAUCUAUACUUACAGGGCAGUCUUCGCUUACUCUCACCAUGGUAUCUUUGUCGGGGGAAGCAAAGUGGUCCAUUUUACGCCUGAGCGUAAUGAAAAUUCAGCCACUGAGACCUCUGCAAAGUCUUAUGAAGAAAUAUAUAAUCUUCCGCCAUCGUGUCCCACUUUUCCCGACUGUGGAUUCAGGCAACCCACUAGUGGAGUAGUACUGUCUUGCCUGGAUUGUUUCCUUCGGAAUGGAUCUCUUUACUGCUUCGAAUAUGGAGUUACCCCAUCAGUUUUUCUUGCCAAAGUACGGGGCGGCACUUGCACAACCGCAAUGGCGGACCCACCUGAUGCAGUCAUCCACCGUGCAAUGUAUCUACUUCAAAAUGGAUUUGGAAAUUAUGAUGUGUUUCAGAACAACUGCGAGGACUUUGCUUUGUACUGCAAAACGGGCCUUCUGAUAGUUGACCGGUUGGGGGUUGGACGAAGUGGGCAAGCUUCUUCUGUCAUUGGCGCUCCUUUGGCUGCUCUUCUUUCCUCCCCUCUGAAGUUGUUAAUGCCAAGCCCUGUUGGUGUGGCCACAGUAACAGCUGGUAUGUACUGUAUGAGUCGGUAUGCUACUGAUAUUGGUGUGCGAUCUGAUGUUAUCAAGGUGGCAGUGGAGGACCUAGCUGUGAACCUUGGGUGGGGGCCCAAUGGACAGGUGCAAGAGGAGGAGGAUGGCCGCCCUGACCUACAGAUUGUCAAAUGAUGUGACUAAUCCCCCUGCCCCCCGAAGAAAAAAAAAAAGGGAGAUUGCCAGGUGAUCUUGAUUUCGUGGGUUUCAAUAUUGGACGUGUAUAUACUCCAGAUUUUAGCAUGAAUUAGAAUGUUAUUGGCAUUAAUAAACUCCAUGCAUAUCUGGUAAUCUUUCCUUUUUAAACUUGUGGUCCCAGCUUCCCUGGUAAAUUUGUGGAGAGGCACUGAAAACUUGUUUGUUGUUCUAUUAUGAAGCACUGAAAUUCUUGAUGUUUACCCUU